AUGUCGCGCUCCACCACGGCCGAGGUGCUGCUCCGGUCCGCAGUCGGCUUCGAUGAUGUGGGUGCCAUCAUCUCGAUGCUCACCGCGCUGCCGCCGCCCGACGUGCGGCCUUACCUGCGGGCAAUGUUGCCAUCCGAGUCGGAAGCCGACGCUGUGGCAGACGCCCUUGGUGCUCCAGGAGGCAGCGCCGCUGCUGCGGCGAGCGGCAGCCCCGUUGCCUAUCGCAAGGGCGACGACGAUGAGCCUGCUGCGGCCGGGCGUGCAAAGGCGGGUCGGCCGGCGGCGGCUUGCUCCAUCGUGGGCGGUGCGGCGGCAGCGCCCUCCAAGCCGUCCAAGGUGAAUAAGAAGGGUCGGCAGCCGCGUGCGGGUGCCACGACCCACGAUGCGUCGCUCCUUCCCGGCCGCCACCGCUGUCGCUGCAACGCACGGAGGCACGAGCUGCUGUACAACUGCCUCGCCUGCGGGUCCGUCGUGUGCGCGCAAGAGGGCGAGGGUCCUUGCCUCGCUUGCGGCCGCGACCCGCACACGCCGCUCCAGGCCGGUGCCUGCUCCGCCGCCGCGCCGUCCUCGUCGGAGACCGCGGCGCUGAGCGCGGCGGAGGAGCACGCCCGCCGGCUGAUAGAUUUCGACCGCUCCGCCGCGAAGAGGACGGUCGUGAUUGACGACCAGACAGAGUACUUUUCGCACGCGGCGGCGGACGCGUGGAUGAGUGGGGAGGAGCGAGCGGUCGCCGCCGCGGCGGCGGCGGAGCGCGAGGAGGAGGCAGCGCGCAAGCGGAAGGAGCUCAGGCUGACGAUCGACAUCGAAAACAAGCGCGUUGCGACGAGCUCUGGGCUGGACGCGGCGGCGGCGAAGCUGCGGGCGGCGGCGGUGGAGGAAGGCCUCUCGCACUCGUUUGGCAACCUCUGCCUCUCGAUGCACCAGCCGUGGGCGUCGCUGCUCGUGGGCGGCGUCAAGCGCGUGGAGGGUCGCUCGUGGCCGACCGACCACCGGGGCCCGCUCUGGAUCGCCUCGACAGCGCGGACGCCCAACGACCUCGAGGUUGCGACCGUGGAGCGGCAGUACUCCGACCUGUCCGCCUCUGCCGGCCUCCCGCCGCCAGCGAUGCCUGCCGAGUACCCGGCCUCCGCCCUCCUCGGCUGCGUCGUCGUGCGGGACUGCCUGUCGCACGACGAGUACGUCGCCGCGCGAGCCGCCGGCCGCGAGGGCCCCUCGGAGGAAAACGACUCCGCCUUCGUCUUCGUCUGCGAGGCGCCGCGCAAGCUGACGGUGCCGCUGCGAGUGUCCGGCAGCCACAAGAUCUGGCGGCUCGAGCGGGCGACGGCCGCCGCUGCCGCAGCGUCGCUGCGUGCUGGCCAGUGA